AUGAAGAAGACAUUUCAUAUUCCUCUCGCAUUAUUUCUCCUUUUCCUCCAACUUUACUUCCAUCACAUCCUCUGUGAUGACAAAGAUGCCCUUCUUUCAUUCAAAUCCCAAGUCGCUGACACAAAGGAUUCUCUUUCUAGUUGGAAUUCUAAUUCCUCUAUCUGCUCUUGGCAUGGAGUUUCCUGCUCCAAAAACACCAACAGAGUUCAAUCUCUUAGUCUCCCAGGACUAGGCCUUUCUGGUAAUCUACCUUCUUCACUCUUUAACCUCAGUUCUUUACAAUCACUUGAUCUUUCCAAUAAUGCAUUCCAGGGCCAUCUUCCUUUGGAGCUCUCAAAUCUUUCUCUUCUUAAUGUGAUUAACUUAGCUGCAAACAAUCUCAGUGGCACACUUCCUUCCCAAUUAUCCCUUCUACGCCACCUUCAAGUUCUAGACUUCUCUUUGAAUAAUCUCACUGGUCAAAUCCCUCCUGAAUUUGGAAACUUUUCCUCUCUCUAUAAUCUUUCCCUGGCAAGAAACCAUCUCUCUGGAGAGAUUCCAAGCGAUUUGGGCAAUCUUCAUAAUCUUUCUCAUCUUCAACUCUCUGAGAAUUAUUUCUCCGGGGAUUUCCCGAUUUCUAUCUUCAACAUCUCUUCGUUGACCUUCUUAUCUGUAACACAAAAUCAUCUUUCAGGAAAAUUACCACAACAUAUAGGCCGUUCUCUUCCAAAUCUCAGAGGUUUCUAUCUGGCAAACAAUGCAUUUGGCGGUGUGAUUCCUAAUUCCAUAUCCAAUGCUUCACAUCUCCAAGAAAUUGAUCUUUCUCACAAUGAAUUUCAUGGAGACCUUCCCUUGUUCAGCAACAUGAGCAAUCUCACCAGGCUAAUUCUUAGCAACAAUCAACUCUCUUCUGGAACAUCAAAAAAUUCUGAGUUCUUUGAUUCCCUGAGAAAUAGCCCGACGCUGAAAAUUCUGAUGAUCGACUCUAAUCAGUUAGCUGGGGAGCUUCCAAAAUCCGUAGCAAAUCUUUCAACCAUUCUAGAACAAUUUUGUGUAUCCCAUAACUUAUUCAGCGGAAGCAUCCCUCAGGACAUAGGAAAAUUUCAAAACCUUGUGUCCCUAUCUUUUGAAGUAAAUCAUUUCACUGGAGAGAUACCAAGAGACGUGGGAGCAUUAAACAAACUGGAGAGACUUCUUUUGUACAAAAACAAGUUAUCUGGAGAAAUCCCAGACAUGUUUGGCAAUUUGACUCAACUAUCUACCCUUGCAUUGCACAAUAACAAGUUGUUUGGCAAAAUUCCCUCCAGCAUUGUACAGUGUCAAAGGUUGAACUAUUUGAAUCUUCAAAUGAACAACCUUCAUGGGACCAUACCAGAGGGCAUUUCUACGCUUUCUAGCUUAACCACCUUGUCCUUGGCAGGGAAUACCCUACACGGAUCCCUCCCUUUUGAAGUGAGCUCCAUGCAGCAACUUCAGUUCUUGGACUUGUCUAACAAUCUCAUGACCGGAUAUAUUCCCGAAGAAAUAGAUGGUUGCACAAGCUUGCUGAUGCUUCAAUUAGCAAGAAACAACUUUAGUGGUCCAAUACCGAGUACUUUGGGGAACUUAACGUCAUUGGAAACAUUGGAUUUAUCUUCAAACAACCUCACAGGUCCCAUCCCAUCGACUUUGGAAAAGCUUCGCCCCAUGGUGAAGUUGAAUUUGUCUUUUAACCAUUUGGAAGGGGAAGUUCCCAAGAAAGGUGUUUUUACGAACCUCACCCAGGUUACCCUGCAAGGAAACGGCAAGCUUUGCAGUCCUAACAAAGAAGUUGCGGAAAGAUUGAGAAUCACUUUCUGUGUCAAAGGUAAAACGCACACUAGAUUUUUACUCCCUCUUAUACUUGCACUUACAAGUGCCUCUAUUUUAUGCGUCUCCAUUUGCUUAGUGUGGAUGAAAUGUUUUCGAAAGAAGGAUGAUGAAACAUGUUCUUCAAUGUCCCCUCUGAAGGGAUUUCCUCAACAUAUAUCCUUUUCGGAUAUUCGAACUGCCACAAACAAUUUUGCAUCUGAAAACCUGAUAGGAAACGGGGGGUUUGGCUCCGUCUACAAGGGUCUUUUCAGCAUCAGCCACAGUGAAACUACUCUUGCCGUGAAAGUACUCGACUUGAAACUAAGCGAGGCUUCCCAGAGUUUCGUUGCAGAGUGUGAAGCUUUGAAGAACGUCAGGCAUAGGAACCUCGUGAAGCUCAUCACUUCUUGUUCGGGUAUUGAUUACAAAGGUGAUGACUUUAAAGCUUUGGUUAUGCAAUUCAUGACCAACGGUAGUUUGGACACAUGGUUGUACCCAGUGGACGAAGAAUCAGGGUCCUCCUUGACUUUCUUGCAGAGAUUGAAUAUUGCCUUAGAUAUUGCUAACGCCAUGGACUAUUUACACCAUGACUGUGACCCACCAGUAGUCCACUGCGAUCUGAAACCUGGUAAUGUCUUGUUAGAUGAAACUAUGGUAGCCCAUCUUGGAGAUUUUGGACUUGCAAGGCUUCUUUCACAGGAUUCACUGGAGUCUGUCACUCUAGGACUGAAGGGUACCGUCGGCUAUAUUCCACCAGAAUACGGUCUGGGUGGCAAGGCAUCGACCGCCGGAGAUGUCUAUAGUUUUGGGAUUUUACUGCUCGAGAUGUUCAUGGGAAAGAAGCCAACUGAUGAGAUGUUCAAGGAAGGUUUAUGUCUAGAAGAGUUUGUGUCAGCCAUGGACGAGAAACAAAUACUGAAUGCAGUUGAUCCAAAGCUUUUUAACGAUUUUGAAUGGUCAACAACACAAAGCUCACCAAGCCCUGGUUUUCAUAGUGAAGGCAGCACUAGUGACAGCUAUAAUAGUUCUAGUUUCACAUUGUGCCAGCGCAAAGCAGAGAAGUGUGUGGCCGAAGUGAUAAGAGUUGGCUUGGCUUGUGCUGCUGAAGUGGCCACAGAACGCUUGACCGCAAGAGAGGCCUCAAAAAAAUUACAGGCAAUCAGGCAGGCUCUGCUGGCUAUAUGAAUCACAAACAUGUGUAAAAGUUAAAAGCACAUAUAAUAACUCAGGAUUCAAUUAUGGCUGUGGCUUUCUUGUACAACGCACGCAUCGGUUUUCAUCAUGUUUCGUUUGUACGUACGCUGAUGUUUCACUGGAAGCUCUAUCACUUGUCAUGAACUCGCCAGCAAAUAAAUAUGAAAGCUUGCUCACUACUACUUAGUGGCCACGUCAGAGAAAGAAAACCUGGGCGGAGAAUCCAAUGAAGUUUGACUGGUCCAAGGCCC